AUGGAAAACAAGAGUAAGGAAAAUGAGGUUCGGACAAACCAUUUAUCUGAUGUUGUUAAGCCACAAUGGGUGGCAAAACAUGACGAUAUUCUUAUUGAUAAUCGUUUUCACAAACUGACUAUGGAGGAGGCUGAUCCGAAAGGCAGCAAUGCAUCACGAAGACCAAAUGGGUUCGAUCUCUCAUCUUCGGAUGAGGAGGAUGUGGAGGCUAUCUUUGAUGAGAAAGAGGAGAAAAAUAACAGAUUGGACAAUAUUGGGACCGGGGUUAUCGACAACAUUAGUCCUCUACGUCUUUCGGCUGGAGAGCAGGUGGGUAACAAGAAAGGGUCUGAGGAUGCGGAAAAUAGGAGUCCGUCUACGACCGGGGACAAAAAUAUGUUGGAAAAAUCACGGCAGAUGACGGAAAGCACUUACCCCAAUCAUGAUGAGUCAAAGAAGAAAUGUGACACUGGGAAUGGACCUCAGGAUCAUACCGAGAAUUCGGGAGGAGACAACUUUUUACAAAUAAUUCACAGCACUCCUUCUAUCACUGGAAAGGAGACGGAGCAACAAAAGAGGCGGGGAAGACCGCCAAAAACUGAGAAAAGAAAGCCAAUGAAUGAUAGUGGUAUAAAGGGGCGUCUUCGAAAAAAUGAUCAGAAGAUAAGCUCUCAAACGAUUGACUACAUUAACCAGAAAUUAUCUUCGUCGAUUGCGGCAGGUCAUCAACCUCGAGACUAUACUAUCGUGAAUGCUGGGAACCCGAGUGCGCGUUCGAUGCAUAAUGUGUCAACACAGAGUUGGGCUCAGUUGGUAGUUGUGAAUUGUCUUUGGACGCGUUACAGGUUUUUGGUGGCGAUUGUUCAUGGUUCUAAUGACUAUAUCCAACGGCGUCAACUUUGGAAUGACAUCCUUAGCUUGAAUACUGAUUCUAUUAUUGUAGCUGGAGAUUUUAAUGCUGUUAAGGGCGCUCAUGAGCGUAGCAGUAACUGUCUUCCGAAUGCGGCGUCUUGUCAGGACUUUUGUGAGUUUAUUGCGAGAUCUAGAUUGAUUGAAUCUCCGUCUGUGGGUCUCAGGUUUACGUGGUCUGGUCGGAAAUUCAUGCCCUCUCAUGUGGAGUCUCUUCUGGAUAGGGUGCUUUAUUCAGACAACUUUGCUGCUCUUUGGAAUUCUUGUUAUACUCAAAAUCUCCCUCGCAUUACAUCGGACCAUUCUCCGAUUGUCUUACGGUGUAUUAAUACUCAGCAAGGUGGUCCUAGAUUCUUUAAAUUUCAGCAUAUGUGGACUAUGCACAGUUCUUUCCAGGAUUUGGUGCGUCAAUCUUGGAUGAAGGAGGUUCAUACUCGCUGCCCCAUUUAUCUGGUGAUGGUUAAACUUAAACGUUUGAGGGAGGAGUUAAAAACCUGGAAUAAGACGGUUUUUGGUAACGUUAAUAGCAUGAUCUCGGACGCCCAACAUGAGUUGUUGGAAAUUCAGAAUCAGAUUGCUACCUCUGGUUAUACUUCACCGCUUUUUGAUCAAGAAGUUAAGCUGCAGGCUAAAGUUGGUUCGGCGUUGGCCAGACAAAAUGCCUUGCUUCAGCAAAAGUGUAGAGUCGCCUGGCUCAACGACGGGGAUCGUAACUCUGCUUUCUUUUAUGCUAUGUUAAAGUAUAAGAAGAAACCUCAUAUCAUAUCUCAUUUGUCAAUUCAGGGAGACCCGGAAUAUGACCAGGAUCGUAUCAGCCAGCAUAUUGUUGAGUAUUUUUCCACGCUGUUUGAAGAUGAGUUGCAUGAUCCGCUGGACUUUGGUUUGCUUGAGGCGGUUCUUGAUCCAGUCAUCACCAAUGACCAGAAUCAGAUGCUGGUACGUAUUCCCACUGAGGAAGAGAUCACGGCGGCAGUGUUUGGUCUGGAUUCGAAUAGCUCUUCGGGGCCAGAUGGGUUUCCAGGGAAAUUUUUUCAGAACUGUUGGGCGAUUAUCAAAGGUGAUAUCUGGGAGGUUGUGAGUACAUUUUUUAGGAAAUCUUAUUUGCCGACUAGUUGCAAUUCUAGCACUAUGGUUUUGCUGCCCAAAAAGGAUGUUGUGAGCACUGUGGCGGAUCUUCGGCCUAUUUUGCUCUCCAAUUUUUUCUUCAAAAUUAUCUCUAAGAUCUUGGCUAGUCGGUUAGGGGAGGUUGCUUUUAUUUCGGUCAGCCAUAACCAGUUUGGUUUAAUUAGUGGUAGGUCCAUCCACGACUGUAUUACGUUGGGUUCCGAAGGUGUUAACUGUAUGAAGAGAACUAAUGGAGGUGUUAAUAUGGCUUGUAAAAUCGACAUCAAAAAAGCGUUUGACACUUUGAGAUGGGAUUUCUUGCUUUCGGUGCUUAAGGUGAGCGGUUAUGAUGAUACUUUUAUUCGCUGGAUUGAGAUCAUUUUGCAUUCUGCUCGCUUCUCUAUUCUUUACAAUGGCCGCCUGCAUGAGUAUUUUUCCUGCCCUCGUGGUGUAAGGCAGGGCGAUCCUUUAUCUCCUAUUCUCUUUGGGAUUGCCGAGGAUUUCCUCAGUGUUCUUUUCAAAAAUUGUGUCACCUCUGGUCAUCUCUCCCCUAUGGUCAUGAGUAGGGAAAAUCCUUUUCCGACUCAUUUACUUUAUGCAGAUGAUAUUUUAGUGUUUUGUAAGGCGUCGGUCCGUAAUGCUGAGACGAUUAAACACAUUUUGGAGUUUUACGGUUCCUUAUCUGGCCAGAUUUGUAGCGCUCAGAAAUCCUAUAUUUAUUUUUCGAACAGGGUUACCACCCCUCUUCGUCGUGCUAUUGGUCAUAUUAUAAACUUCUCGAUUGGCAACUUCCCUUUUGUUUAUCUUGGUGUGCCGCUUUUCGUGGGCAAGAGUUCUAUUACGCAUUCUAUGAUGGUUUACCGAUGGCCUAAAUCUCUCAUCAAGGAGUUGGAUGGUUGUUGUCGCAACUUUAUUUGGACUGUAGAUACUAAAAAAGCGCCUUCGUGUCCGGUGGCUUGGGUUAGGGUAUGCGCUAUUAAAGAGGAGGGUGGGUUGGGCAUCCGUUCGUUCUCUUUGAUGAAUAAAUGCUUUCUCAUGAAACGAGCCUGGAAUAUUAUUGGGGGACAGGAUUUUGGGAUGGAAAUCAUGCGAAAACGCUAUCUCACGAAGUUUGGGCAGGUGAAGCUGCUAACUGCGCCUUCCUCGGUUUGGAUUGGUUUGCGUCAGGAGAUCUCCCCGUUGAUUAAUGACUCUUAUUGUUGUCUCGAGAACGGGAUUGAUACCAACUUCUGGACUGACGAUUGGAUAGGUUAUCAGAUCGCUCGGAAGUGUGGAGUGCCACAUUAUGCUAUGGAGUUUUUGACUUAUUCUGUGGCGGACUAUUUUUAUGACGACGUGGUUUGUGAUAUUUUGUUGAUUCCCAUUGGUGAUGAUGAUGAUAUUAGGCUGUGGAAGCCGUCUCUCCAUGGGAAGGUCACCGCUGUCUUAGCUUUUGCUCAUCACUGUCAUCCAUUUCCUAAGGAGUUGCUUCAAUGGUUCGAUAUGUCUCAUAUGUUGCAUGAUCCAGAUAUUGGUAGUGUCCUGGUGGACGCUUGGCAGAGUGCUUUCAGUUCGCAAAGACAAAGAAACCUUUGUAUCUUUGAAGAUGACAGUUGGGAUUACAGGCAGGCUAUCAAGUUCAUUAGAGUGUCUUUCCUUGAGAUUGAGCAGAAUUUCACUAAGGUUGGGCACAUGAAGAACUCCUGGGCUGAUCUUCGUAUUUUGAGAAAUAUUGGCAUUAAGGGGCGCGCGGCUCCACCAUCGAAUUUUAUUAACGUCUACUGGUGGCCGCCGUCGGGUGAUUGGAUUAAGGUUAAUACCGAUGGUUCGGCUCUUGGAACUCCGGGAAAGAUUGCUGCGGGUGGUGUGUUCCGGGAUAAAUUUAGUUUGGUUCGUGGCUGCUUUCACAUUAAUGGUGGGAUUGGUUAUGCUUUUGAAGUAGAACUUUUAGUUGUCAUUACCGCUCUUCGUCUUGCUCAUGAUCGUAAUUGGCACUAUCUGUGGAUUGAAUCGGAUUCCACGUAUAUCGUUCAGCUUCUUCACUCGCGUUCGUUAUCUGUUCCUUGGAGGUUUUUAGCGGCUUGGAAGAAGGUGAUUACUUCUCUGAGUGAUUUUCAGCUUCAUAUUACGCAUAUUUACAGAGAAGGGAACAAGGUCGUUGAUAUUCUUGCUGCGCCUAAUAUGGAGGAAGGCUGGUGGUCGACGGAAAUAGAUGCCAUCAAACUUGCGGUUCGUUAG